AUGAACGCAUCAAACCUCAGCAACGCUGUUUUCUCCGAAGAAAAGCUCAGAAAUGAUACAUGUUUUUUUCUACCUCAAGCAGCAUUCGACAAAAUACACCAAAGAUACAACAGCAACUUGGUAACCGCUAUCAUAAACAUGGUCUUUGCGCCAGUAGCGGUAACAGCCAAUUCAAUCCUUGCUUGUGUUGUCUUCAGAAAYGCUUCCUUGCGCAAGCCUUCGACUUUYUUGCUCGGUUGUCUCGCCGUUUGUGACUUCCUUGUUGGGUUGUUAGUCCAGCCAUCGUACGUCGCCUUCAGAUUUUUCGAAAAUUUAAAACAAUUUGUACCUUGCAGCGUUAGAAUGAUGUAUUCGACAGGGUUUUAUGUGUGCUAUGGCGUGUCUUUCAUGACACUGAGUGCGAUAAGCUGCGAGAGGUAUGUCGCYUUAACAUUGCAUUUGCGAUAUAAGGAACUAGUGACAACAAGAAGAGUUCUGGCGCUUGUGGUUCUAAUAUGGGCCAUAGAUUUACUCUUGACAGGGCUCCAAUGGGCCGGUAUAAAYAAGAUUGUAAGAGGCAUUCUCUUAGCACUUUGGUGCUCAUGUAUCCUUAUUUCAAUUAUAGUCCACUGCGGUAUAAUAAGAAUUGUCCGAAGACACCAGAAAUUGAUAAAAGAACAACAACAAGCGAGCUCAACGAGAUAUAGAAGRCAGACGAAGCUUGCAAUGAACAUUGCUUAUAUUGUUGCCAUCUAUUUCCUUUUUAACAUUCCAGUUCUUUGCGUUACUAUCUAUCAUCAAAUUGGAAGCGGUGCACUUGAAAGCUAUGCUUUCUAUAACUGGUCCGAAACAAUCGCGUUGUGYAACUCUUCUAUAAAUCCAUUYGUUUGCUGUUGGAAAAGUCGCGAUAUUAGAAAGACACUCAUCAAGACCUUCAGGAAAGGUUUAUGCAAUGUGGAGUUAAGGGCAGAAGAAGAAUCGGCGACGUCGGGUGCAGGGAACAAAUCAAAAGACCCCGCUACAGGGAACAGAGAUGAUAGAAAAUAUGUCACGCAAUACUGUCACGCGACUUGA